ACGGCCCCCUCGCCCGCCCGGAGGCCGGACCGCAGCAGAAUUUAAACCGAGCGGGGGGACGGGUUCCGGCAGCCGAGAGACGAUGCAGCGCGACUAUCCUGGCCCGGCCCCGGCCUCUCCCCGGCCCGUCCUGCCCCGGGUCUGCGAGGUGGCCGCCGGGGGCGGGCAGCUGGCCGCGGGGCUCCCCGGCUACCCCCGCUGCCUCCCGGAGCCCUGUCCGGGCGCUCGCCCGCCGGCCGCGGAGGCCACCAAGCCGCCCUACAGCUACAUCGCCCUGAUCACCAUGGCCAUCCAGAGCAGCCCCGAGAAGCGGGUCACCCUGAGCGGGAUCUACCGCUUCAUCACGGGGCGCUUCGCCUACUACCGGGACAACAAGCAGGGCUGGCAGAACAGCAUCCGCCACAACCUGUCGCUCAACGAGUGCUUCGUCAAGGUGCCCCGCGAGGACAAGAAGCCCGGCAAGGGGAACUACUGGACGCUCGACCCCGACUGCUACAACAUGUUCGAGAACGGGAGUUUCUUGCGGCGGCGGCAGCGUUUCACCCGCAAGCGGGGCCCUGCCCAGGCCUCGGGGGACGGUAAAGGGCCCAAGAGGGGCCCCCGAAGCAGGCCCCCGACAGCUGGCCAGGUGUUCGGAGGAAAGGCCAUCAAAGAGGAGGAUGGCCUGUCGAGGGCAGCUCCCUCCAGACGGCGCCAGGGCUCCAGCCAGGCAGCACUCAGCCCUGAGGAAGCCUUGCCAUCAAGGCCACCUGCAGGCAGGGAGGAGGGCCGAGACCCAGCCCUUCCUUGCCCAGAGCCCCUCGGCCUGGGCAGCCUGCCCUGUGCCAAGAUCGACCCCUUGCCAGCCAAGCCACCGUGUCUCCAUCUGCAGGCGGCGCUGGGGUCCAAAGCUCGCCUUUACAGCCAGCCACUGGGCUUCCCUCUUCCGGAAGAUGAUUCCCGGGAGAAAGGGGUCCUUCUGGACAAUGUUCAGGAUGGCCAGCUGGUCCCCCUUGCAGAGGGCUUGCCCCCCCGGCCCAGUCCAGAGCUCAAGGGAAGCGUGCAGAACGGCCCCCAUGCUUCCCAGGGUCCCCCCAAGCCAGGGCAAGAAGGCAAGGGGGUGCCCCACACGUUUGGCCAGCUGGCACCCUCCUUCCCAGCCCUUCUGGGCCCCAGCAAAGCCUGCCAGCCCAGCCACCGGCAGCCAUCACCCAGCGGCCUGCCCGCCUUCGAGGGCAGCGAGGGUUACACCAAGGCCUCCAUCCUGCCUGUCUUCAGCUCGCUCGGCUACUCCGACCCGGAGGCCCGGGGUGGGGGGUACCAGUGUCGCCUGCAGGCCUUGAAUUUCUGCGUCAACGAAGCUGGGCACGGGCCCACCUUGGAACACCUUUUGACGGCCCCCCCGGCUGCCAGCUCUUCGGCUCCCAUCCAGCCUCCCCCCUUUGUGCAGCUGCCCGCGGAGCAGGAGGCCUGGCCCGGGAGCCCCUUCUCCCUCCAAGGCGGCAGCAGUUAUCAGCUGGGGCUCCCCCACUGCCUCUACAGGACUCCAGGCAUGUUCUUCUUCGAAUGAUGGGGAGGAACUGCACCAACCGAUG